CCACUCUUCAGCUAUCCAGCCAACAUCGACUUCGCUUCAAUAGUAAGAGUCGAUAGAGAACUGGAACUUUCUUCAAAUCGAACAUGGCUAACAUCUACGAUCAAGUACCUCUAAAAGCCCAGAAUAGUAUCAGACUCUUGAAGUUACUCCCAGCUUCUUCAACUAAAGAUCAAGUCAAGUUCGAGCUUUUAGAAGCCACUUUGGAUCAAUGCCCAUCCUUCAAAGCUGUUUCUUACUCUUGGGAUGGCCAACGUCCUACAGAAGAAGCUCUGUGCUCGGGACAGCCGAUUCGAGUCACAUUAAACUGCAAUAAUGUGUUGCAACACCUAGCGGCGAACUCUGCCGCGCCCUCGUUGGUAUGGAUUGACGCUAUAUGCAUCAACCAGUCCCCAGAAGCCGUAAUCGAGCGUAAUCAGCAAGUGAGCAUCAUGGGGGAUAUCUAUACUGCCGCGGAGGAAGUAGUCGUGUGGCUUGGAUCGAAGAUAGAGCCGUCCUGGGAAAAGACGUUUCUCGACCUUGCCAAGUUCGCCGACGCAAACCUAUCUUCUGGAGACGAGAACUAUUUGGAACAUCUUCUUGACUUAGCUAGUACGAUUGACACUAAGGCUCUCAACGAUAUAUUCUGGGGCAUAACCUGGUUCAGUCGAGUCUGGGUAGUCCAAGAGGUAUCCCUAAGUCGCAAAGCAACUUUCAUAUACGGCCGAGUCACCCUCAAAUACUUCAACCUAAUCAAAUCAUGGUCCGACCUAUACAGCACACAAAAAGGGGUCAGUCUCGUACAGAACCUGAACCAGACCCUAUACAACGGUUUCGGGACCCACGUCGUAUCUCUCCAAGGCCCAAGACGCGCACUCGCUAUCACCGAAGGAUACGACACAAUAGAAGAACUCUUCCGCCAAGCAUGUCGGCUUUUAGCAACCGAGCCCCGGGACAAGGUAUACGGUUUGCGCGGACUGCUAGUUAGUUACGGCAUCUCGCUUCCAGACCCGGAUUACAGGAAGCCGAUAAACAGCAUAUUCAUGGAGACUACUAAAGCCAUCAUGAAAUUCAACAAGCGUCUGAAUGUGGAGAGUUGUUACUACAUCUCCGACGACUGGCCCUCCUGGGUUCCGAACUGGGCGAACUCGCUGCCGCCUCCAACACCGAAAGGGGACUACCACGCCAACAAGGGCUCAAGAGCUUGCUUCGACUUCGUCGACCUCCCGAACGGCUCUACCGGUGUGCGCACCACCGCCGUCAUAAUCGGAAAGGUCUCAUCCGCUUUGGGAACCUGUCUCCUAGGCCGCUACCGCACCGCCGAGGCCCUUAAAACCGACUCCAUCCUGACCCAAGUCGAGCAACAAGUCGCUCCCGAAUGGAGGCAAAAGCGGCUUCUCGCAGGCGACGACAUCGCGAAAUAUCUCGCCGUAUACAAUAUCCGCGUGCUGCGCCUCGCGCUCUCGUACAUGGAACACGAGAGCAGCGGCUACGACACUUGGCGCGAGGACCUGUACCAGAUCGUCUUCAACCAGGCGUCGAUGGACGACAAACUCGACAUGCGGAAGCCUUUCUCGCAGUGGCUCGACGUCCUCGGAGAUCUUCCCUCCAAUCUCACAAAGCAGGAAGUUUCGAGCAUCGACGACACCCCCGAGAUGGAACUAUACAAUCGGAUUUCGGCAGACGACAAGAUUUCGGAACUACAUGAGCUGUUUACCGCGGCCACAUAUUUCUGGACCUUCUUCAAGACGGAUUCGGGGGCGUUUGGGGCCGGUGCGUAUGGAAUAACGGCUGGGGAUAAGGUCGCGCUGAUCGCUGGUACGUGUAUGCCUGCGAUAGUCAGACAUGUUCACGGGGAUAAUUACCGGAUCAUAGCUCCAGUCUAUAUCUGUGGGAUCAUGCAAGGAGAGGCUUGGCCGAAAGACCCUACGAGUCUAGGGAAUAUCACUAUUAUCUAGCGUUAGUAUGCAGUACUCAUGCCGUCAUCAGUUUGAACAUAGAUUAUUAGUCUACGGGCUCUACUGAAUCUGGGUCAGAUGAAAAUCUCC